ACCUCAGUGUGGGUUACAGCUGGAAUUAAAGCUGCAGGCAGUUAAAGCUCGUUAUUGUCUGUGAGGUGUUUCUCUGCGUUCUGCUUUAAAGCCUGAGAAAUGAAUAACAGUUCAUCGCAGGUCUUCACCUGCACCUUGUGUUCACUUUGCUAUUCAGUUCAAAUUUAUCUCCACAAACACAUGAAGAGAUGCCACCGUGAGGAAUAUGUGAGACUGCAGAAAUCAGGAGAAAUGAAUCAUCAAAAGGCCAAAAGACGCUCCAGCAAACAGCAAACGUCCUCAAGUCCUCUGGGCUCUAAGCCCUCGCAUGGACAGAAGCGGAAGGAACUCCAUAACUGCUCAAAGUGUGGGAAAAAUUUUAAGCUAAAAAGUUACCUGAAGCAGCACCAGCUCGUUCACACAGGGGAGAAACCACAGCAGUGCUUGCAGUGCGGUAAGAGUUUUACCCGACUGACUCAUCUCCGACUCCACCAGCGCGUCCACACAGGAGAGAAGCCGUAUCAGUGCUCACAGUGCGGGAGGAGCUUCACGGAUCAUAGCGCCGCCCAGCGACACGAGCGCACACACACGGGAGAGAAACCGUUUCACUGCUCAGAGUGCGGAAUGAACUUUACUCGACAAAGUAAUCUGCAACGACACCAGCGCAUUCACACGGGGGUGAAGCCGUAUCCCUGCCCUCACUGCGGGAAGAGUUUUACUGACCAGUCCAUGCUCCGGGCUCAUGGGCGGGUUCACACAGGGGCGAGGCCGUAUCCUUGCUUACAGUGCGGGUUGUCUUUCGGUCAUCGGGGUACGCUCAAACAACACCAGCGCGUCCACACGGGGGAAAAGCCGUAUCCCUGCUCGCAGUGCGGAAAGAGCUUCACCCAAAAUGGCCAUCUGAAACGACACAUGCGCAUCCACACGGGAGAGAAACCGUAUCCGUGCUCGGAGUGUGGAAAGAGCUUCGCCCAGAAGAAUCAUUUUGAAAGACACAAGAGCAUUCACAAAGGAGAAAAGCCGUAUCGCUGCUUACAAUGUGGAAAGAAUUUUACUCAGCAGACGACUCUCCGGCUCCACAGCCGCACCCACACCGGGGAGAAGCCGUAUCGCUGCUCACAGUGCGGGAAGAGCUUCGCUCACCGCAGCACUUUCACUAUACACCGCCGCACUCACACGGGAGAGAGGCCGUAUUUCUGCUCACACUGCAGUCACACUUUUAUCAGCCAGGGUAGUCUUCAGCGCCACCAGCGUGUCCACACGGGAGAGAAACCGUAUCAGUGCUCACAGUGUGGAGAGAGCUUUACUCAGAGCCGCCAUCUUCAACACCACCAGCUCCGUCACACAGCAGACGAAUCACAGCACCGCUCAUAAGAAACGCUUUACUCCCAACUUUACUCUCCAAACAUCCCUGUGUGCAACACUCACCUGUCUCCCAGCUGUUCUUCUACAGUUAAUCAUUUAUAUACACUAGACACACUCCCUGGCCACUUUAAUAGGAACGUGUUGUUGAUUCUAAGGCUAGCCACACACUACGCCGAUCCACGCGGUACCGAACCGACCCAUUUCAGAGCCGACUCCCGACAGGGCACACACAUAUCCCCGACUAACUCACGACUGUUGACGAGUGCAGUCUUGAUUGAAGCGACACCAAACGAGAUUAUAAAUAUCACGUGACAAUAGCUUUGUGAGUGGAGAUGUAUUGUUAUUCAACCAGAGCCAAACACAAUAACGUGCUUUUAUUUUUAUAACUCGAGGGGCUAAAGCUGUUCAGCUGAGCAGCGGGGUUUUUUUUCUUCUCUAGUGUUUUCUAGCGGUUGGAGAAGCAGCUACUGGACGCGUUACCGCCACCACCUGGACUGGAGUUUCAGGGUGGAGGACGCCGAUCCCAGUCCAAAGUUCCGCCAUUUUUCAAAAAGAUAGACGUCACAUGAUCACGAAAUAUCACGUGUUAUAUGCGAAAGAUAUGAUUGGCUAUUGCUAGCGACUCUCGCCGAGCAGUCUGGCUCCCGAUUAGUUUUUCAAAUCGGCUGUGAGAUGAGUCGGUACCAUCGAAAACUAGUCUUUACGCCUGACUUGCGACUUCAGUUGGCUCGGUAUGCUGAAAAUCGGCGUAGUGUGCGGCAGGCCUAAGAUCGCUGUUCUUGGCUGCAGGAGUGGAACCCAAUGUGUUCUUCUGUUCUGCUGUUGCAUGCUGAGAUGCUUUUCUGCUCACCACGGUUGUAAAGAGUGAUUAUAUGAGUUACUAUAUCCUUCCUGGCAAAAAAGCUCAAACCAAUCUGUCCAUUUCCCUCUGACCCUCUCUUAUCAACAAGGCGUUUGUUUCCACCCACAGAACUGUCGCUCACUCACUCAGUGUUUUUUGUUUUCCGCACCAUUCUGUGUAAACUCUAGAGACUGUUGUGUGUGAAAACCCCAGGAGGAGAUCAGCAGCUUCUGAAAUACUCAAACCUCACACUCAUCUGGCUCAAACCACCAACACCCAGACCACAGUGAAGGUCUCAGAGAUCUCACUCCCUGCUGAAUGCGCUGAUGAGGAGACGAGGUGUGUCUGCACUUCAGGAAACAAACUCAAGUGAUGGUGGUUCAGAACCAGUUUAAUCCUCUUUACUCUGGAUAUGAUAUUGUUUGUUUAUUAAGGUAUGAUUGUGGCUUAUUUCCACUUGUGAGCCAAUCACAACUUGGUAUUCUAAUCACGCUAAGAACUUAGAUUCUUAUAAUCCAUAUUUUAAGAAUGUAUAGAAGUCUUUUGCUGACAGUUUAUCUGUUAAUCAUUUAUUUGCUCUCGGAUGUUGUGCUCAGUUUAUCACAGGUUUCCUGUUGAUUAGAGCUGCUCAUUGUAGUUACACUUUAUUUUAUUUGUUUUAUUUUUAUUUCAUAUUAAUCUGUACUCGAACAUUAUAUGCUGAUUGCUUUAUACUUUUA